AUAAAAUCAUAAGAACAUCAUUAUGAUCUUAUUUAUUAUAAAUUCAUUUUUAAAUAUCAAAUGGUGUUAUGAUGACGUCUUUCAAUGAUAUCAUUAUGACUUAAUUAUGACUUUGUGUCCUAUUUGAGGUUCUGAUUCAAAGUGUGCAAUUCUUGAGUCAGCGUUACCGUUUUGAAUCACUCUUCCUACUUCUCCAACAAUGCUCCAGCAGACUUCUUUUUGUGCCACCAGUGAUUACUUAUCAAAAGUUCCAAACAAUAAAUGCCAACAUCUCAUUUAUGACGUUAUCCAACAAUUCCACAAGGAUGCUCUUUCUCCAACUUCGCGUUUCUUCAGUCGUCAAGUAUAAUGCGAUGUAUGAACACGUACAUAGUAACGUAUGUAUAGUCACAGCUUCGAUAACCCGGGAAGGUCUGUCUGUGUAUAUAAGUGCAGAGAAACGACGCGGCGCAACAGAAUGUUAGCGACGCUAGGUGCAAUAUAGCCGAUUGUCAGUGCACGCGAAAUAAGACGAUAUCUGCUUGUAUACGACGUGAUUUAACCGGAACUGCUAUACGCACUUACGCAAAGGAAAGAGCGGCUCCACUUUCCCAUUUAGUUUGUCUGUCAAUCCGUGGAGAUCCAGAGUAUUUUGGACGAAAAUGGCCAGGAAAGUCUGUCACAUCAUACUGAGUAUUUUAUUGUUGAUCAGUGCUCAUCUGGGGAUGGCUGCUCCUAAUUGGGAGACCGAUCUUUCAAAUAUCCAUACACAAGUGAAUCAUAUGUUAAAAAAUUUGGAUAAGCAAAUAGAUAAUUUGAAUCAGCGACUAGAGAAUUCGGUGCAACAAACACUUGCGCAUGUCGACGAAACAGUCAAAAAUCUAUCAAGAGAUGGACAAGGACAUUUUAUAACAAAUGGACGAGUAAUAUCAAGUGGCAGCAACACCGUAAUUAAUUCUGUAAAUGGUGUUACUAUGAUAAAGAAAACCGAAUCUGGUUAUACAUUAAACGGAAAACCGUACAUGAAUACUACUAUAGAUAUAAAUGAUGGGACAUAUCUUCAGCAUGACGCGAAUUUUUACAAUUCAACAUCUGAUGCUAUGGAGAGAAUUUGCUGGAAAUUAAAGCUCGAAAAUGCUCCAGAUGCUCAACCUGAAUAUUUUCCUUGAAACCUAUCAUUUAACCAUAAUAAAAUAUGAAGUACCGAGAAGAGCGGUCGUUUCAAUUGAGAAAGGCGAAGAAAAGUGAUGAAUAAAAAAAACGGGCAUAAAUUUGCACGAGAAAGAGGUCUGACCAAUAAAGAAUCAUUUGUUACGAUAUAUGACUACGAAAUUUUCAAAGAAGGAUAUGGGUGGGGUAACGCAUUUGCGUUUCGACGCACAUACAGAAUAUAUGUACAUAUGUGACAUACAUAUCCAUAUACAUAUAUGUUUUCAUGCAAUGGCGUCGAAGCUGUAUCUGACAAUAAAAAUGUCGUUA